AUGCUCCAUUCCGAGGCCACCUCCAGCCCACUUACCAAUAUCUCUGGUAUUCCAGACGGACCGGGAUUGGAACAAAACUCGGAAGUCGAGGGCGCGGAGAAAGUGACUGAGACCAGGGAUACACACUCCCCAACAGAGCAAAAUGAGCAGGAUGAUGCUGAAUCAACGACCAAAAAGCCAAAGUCUCUUUCCUUCAAGCUCGCGUUCAUAGGGCUCGCAGCGAGUCUUUUCGUGUUCCAGCUGGAUGCGACAUGCCUAAGCAUUGCCCUUCCAACCAUUGCUGGUGAGCUAAAUGCCUCGAGUCUAGAGUCAUUCUGGGCAAAUCUGGCCUAUACUCUUUGUGGUCUAGUAAUGCAACCCGUUUGGGCCAGCAUCUCCAACGAGUUCGGUCGCAAACCCCCUCUUUAUAUAUCCAUUGGAUUAUUCUUCAUCGGCUCCAUCGUUUUUGCUACGGCGCAAAAUAUGGGCACCAUAAUUGUUGGACGAGUCCUCCAGGGUCUCGGUGGUGGAGGAAUCGACGUGUUGGUGCAGGUGAUCCUCGCAGAUAUGACAACACUAGAGGAACGCUCGACAUAUCUAGGCUUAAUGGCCAUUCCGUCGGCCGUGGGUAAUAUCAUGGGUCCUACCGUUGGGGCGCUAUUUUCCACGUACGCCUCCUGGAGGUGGAUCGGAUGGAUUAACCUCCCAUGGCUCGGAAUUGGGACACCUUUGGUUGUCAUCUUCCUCAAACUUCGGCCUAUUCCGCUCGAUUCCACGCUUGUUGGAAAUUUAAAGCGCCUCGACUGGAUUGGAAUGGCGCUCCUUAUCAUCGGAAUCUCGAUUUUGGUUAUUCCGAUGAGUUGGGCGGGCUCCUUAUAUCCAUGGCCCUCCUGGCAGACUCUCCUUCCAAUGUUCUUGGGAGUGGCGGCGCUCGUCGCUUUUGGCUUCUACGAGGGAAAGCCUGCCGAUCCUAUCGUUCCUCAUCGUAUUUUCCACUCGAAGACCGGAAACGUGACUUUACUAGGAGGCUUCCUCCACGGCGCGGUGCUAGUCUCCCUCUUACAAUACUUGCCCUUACUCUACCAAGCUGUAGAGCUCCAAAACGCAAUAUUAUCCGCCGUAUACCUAUUGCCUACCUCGAUUAUCAGCGUCUUAGUGGCAGCCGUUUCAAUGAUGCUAGUACCAUUGUUCGGAGGUUAUGUGUGGCUUUUACGACUUUCGUGGGUCAUCCUUACGCUAGGAUCCGGCUUGCUAGCCCUCUUCGAAGUAGGGUCUUCAGCAUCUAUGUGUUACGGGCUUCCUAUUCUCUGGGGUCAGGGAGUUGCGCUAUUACGCCUUAACAUUCUUCCGAUGCAAGCGAGCGUUAAGAAUGUUGAUGACACAGGCUUAGCUAUUGGGCAGUUUCUAACUAUUCGCAUGUUUGGUGGUCUUGUCGGCCUCACUAUCUCUUCGUCAAUUUUCAACAAUGUUUUCUCGAGGGCUAUCACUGAUACUACACUUCAGCUGACGGGAGCCUUGGCGCCUCUGAAAGAUGCCUCCAAUGCUGUGAGCUUCAUUGACUCUUUGGGAUCCCUACAUGUUCCUAUAUCAACGCUGGGCCAGGUAUUAGGCAUCUAUCUGAAGUGCUUCCGCACGAUAUUCUAUGUGAUGACCGGCCUGAGUGCACUGGGUUUGGUGAGUUCAAUCUUCCUGGAUGAGAUAAACCUCAAGGGCCGGUGA